AUGACAAUAUACUCGUGUCUGCCUGGAUUCUCAUCUAAUGACGAAUACCCAAACACAACAUGUAAUGGAAGUCAUUGGUCAAGUGUACGGUUUGCCUGUUCAGAUAUUUCCUGUGGCCCUCCUCCAGAUAUUUUAAACACAGUAAAAGUAUCUGACGGCUUCUAUAAUGGUAGUAUGACAGUAUACUCGUGUCUGCCUGGAUUCUCAUCUAAUAACGAAUACCCAAACACGACAUGUAAUGGAAGUCACUGGUCAAGUGUACAGUUUGCUUGUUCAGAUAUUUCCUGUGGUCCUCCAUCAGAUAUCUCAAACACAAUUAAAGUAUCUGACGGGUUCCAUAAUGGUAGCAUGACAAUAUACUCGUGUCUGCCUGGAUUCUCAUCUAAUGACGAAUACCCAAACACAACAUGUAAUGGAAGUCAUUGGUCAAGUGUACAGUUUGCUUGUUCAGUACCGAACGCAUACUAUACUGUUGACAACAACACGGCUACCUAUCACUGUAACCAUGGCUACAUAGGAAAUCAAACAAAUACCACCAUCAGAUGUGUGAACUCACAAUGGGAAUCUAUAACUCUAAGUUGCUCAAAUUUUUCCUGUGGCACCCCUCCAGAUAUUUUAAACACAGUUAAAUUAUCUGACGGUUAUCAUAAAGGUAGUAUGACAAUAUACUCGUGUCUGCCAGGAUUCUCAUCUAAUAACGAAUACCCAAACGCAACAUGUAAUGGAAGUCACUGGUCAAGUGUACAGUUUGCUUGUUCAGAACAAGCUUGCUCUUAUCCCCCUGAUGUGGCCAAUGCAUUCAAAGUAACAAAUGGAUUCAGUAACGGAAGUACAACGUCAUACAUGUGUAUGUCUGGGUACAUUGCCAAUGGUGCCAUUCCAGUAAUAUCCUGUAACGGAACACAUUGGACCAAAACUUUGUUUUCAUGUUCGAGACAGCUUGAAACCAAUCUAACAACAAAUGACACAGCGAUCGCAUAUGCUCUGGAGGGCCUUAAGAUUCCAAGAAAGAAGACAACAACUUAUAACCGUAGUUUGAACUGUGCUAGUGAUUCCCGUCCUAGUGCCCAGGCUAUUGGUGCCGUUGGUCUGGUUGUCAUCUCCCUGUUUGUGUUACUAAUUAUUUUAGCAGAUUGUGUAUCUUUCUAUCAGAAAAGGAGAUUAAGAAAUAUCACGAAAAAGACAAAAAUGAGGUGA